CGGCCCGCGUCCGGACUCUCUCCGUGCGCUUUGGGGACUUUGCCUUGGUGCGGACGCGCCCUGCGCCCGAAUUCCCGCGCGGCGUCUGUGUGGUGGUGAUCUUGGACCUACGUGAACCAAAACUGAGUUGGAGCUACCAGGUGCUGCCUGUGCCAUGGACUCUGAGGUCAGCAAUGGUUCAGGCCUCAGGGAUGAGUACAUCACAAACUUGCUGGUGCUUGACUUCCUCCAAAGCUUCUCUGACUGUAAGUUUCACCAAGAGCUGAGAACUCUGGGCCAGGAACUACCUGUGCGAACUUACCUGGAGGGGGAACGUGAAGAUGAGCUGCAGACUGACGGCAACCAUGCCAGUCUCUUCGUGGGAAGAAUAGAGGCAGAUUCUGAAAGUCAAGAAGAAGUUAUACAGAACAUUGCCCGGCAUCUUGCCCAGGUCGGGGAUGAAAUGGACCGUAGCAUCCAGCCAGAACUGGUGAAUGAACUGGUGGCACGUUUUAUGAAUGCUGGACUGUCAGAGGAAGACAGAAGCAACUGCCUGGACACCACCCUGAAGGCAGCAAUGCAGACUUACCCUAAAGAUAUGGAGAAUGAGAAGACCAUGCUGAUUAUGACCAUGCUAUUGGCCAAAAAGGUGGCCAAUCAUACACCAUCCUUACUCCAUGAUGUGUUUCAUGCAACAGUCAACUUUAUUAACCAGAACCUAUUUGCCUACGUGCGGGACUUAGUCAGAAAUGAGAUGGACUGAAUAGAUGACUGCAGAAGCACACCAGGCUAAAUUUGACGUUGUGACAGCAGUGUAGCUGCCUCCAGAGAGGAGCCAUGGCCACGUAAAUAGACAUCUUAGAAAAGAGAGGCCCGGAGAAGAGCUCUUUCUCCCUGAUUUCAGGAUAUUUUCAGCUGGUGACCCAUUUAGUAAUUUCUACAUUGAUGUAUUUUGGACGAAAACGUCAACUUGCCCACAUUUGAGUGGGUCUCAUCUGCCAUCUCCUACAUGUGUACCUUGUGCCUUUAUCUCAACAGCUUACAGGUUCCCAUUUGAAAAUUACAUUGAAAAGUAAGCUGUAAGGCAGAAGGGAAAACAAACUCGGUGAUUUUUUAUUUUUUUUAAUUCCUGUUUAUUAAGGAGGAGAACUGCACAUACCCCAUACAUAUUAAAAUUUCUGCUAAAAGCAGGGGACAUUAUGUUUCCAAGAGAGUAAUAAAUAUAAUCUGUGUGAAAUCCUGGCCAAAUGGCUCAGAGGUUCUGGUCCAAGGUGCUGUUCCCAGACCAUGGCAAACUCUGGCCUCAACACAGAUGUUUGGUUUGA